AUGACGGAAUAUGUACAAGGAUAUGCGAUCCGUCGAAAUGAGUCGUGCGCAGACAACGAACAGAAAUGCACGAAAAAAGCAACAUGGGGCGACUACCAGGCCUGCUGUCCGGGGAAUUCAUUCUGCUACGAUUCGGACACCGGCAUUCCCAAUAUGAUGUGCUGCCCUAUGGGUAACACCAACUGCACGCAGAGUGUGCAGGAGGAAAAAUCAUGCGCCAACUCGACCUGGAAUUUAUACAAUUGGAGAGGAUAUUUUUGCUGCGAGCAAGGACAACCGGGGUUUUAUGUCAAUGACAGAGUCUUAGUCGGGUGCUCCGAAGACAGCAAACCAGGAAACUCGAGUUUCAAGCUCCUAGACAUUCUUUCUACUGGCUCUGAUUCAACUUCAACGACAAUGUCUUCAUCGACUUCUUUGUCAACCUCACCAUCAACGGCAUCGUCAACACCCACCUCGGCAACUUCCGGAGCGGCAUCAUCAAACUCAGAAAAGUCUUCGUCAACAAACACAGGCGCGAUAGCUGGUGGUGUUGUUGGCGGCGUUGUAGGCGUCGCUGCUUUGCUUGCGAUCCUUUUCCUCGUCAUGCGCCGUCGGAAACAGCAAUCCUCACCACAAUCCCAGCCAAUGCUUGGAGCCCAGAGCGAAUUGCCAUCGCCACCGGUGUAUUCGGAAGCCGGAAGUGGUGAGCCGCGUAAGGAGCUUAGUGGACAAGCAGUAUCAGAGUUGGGUAACAACGCUGUUCGUAGCCCACAAGAGCUGCCGACCACACGUUGA